UAUGGCUGUCUAGCAUCGGUUCCGGAGCGGACUUGAUUCUGAGCUCAGUCACGUUCAUGGCUGAAGCUAGCGCACCCGGACGGGUACCCAAUAGUGACAGUGGCCCGGCUGACGUGGGCGGUUCCACAUCAACGGUCACGCCUUCUACCGCCUCCCGCAAGACCCAAGCCAUUUACUCGUCGCCUUCACAAGGCCAAAUGGAGAUGGCCUUGGACGCGCACGCCAAAAGCCAGUUAGAAGCCUUGAUUGCUAAGCAUUCUUUUCCCGAGGAUUUGGACAAAGCUUUGCAACAAUUGCGACGUGAAGAUCACGAGAAACGCUUGAAAGCUCUCCGUCAAGAACUGGACCAUCUUCAGGCCACUCAAUGGCAAUUUGAAGGUCCCUCAUCCACGGAUCGAUCGUAAACAUUUGCACACCCAGGUCGUCCCGUCAAGACCAUGUGGUGGCCAUGUGGUAGUCCUGUUCAUUCGCAUUUAGUCCUUAAAGUCGCCCUUAGUCCAACUGUCUCGGCCGUAGCCGCCGCCGUGUUUUCCCGCCCGUUAUCCCAUCGAUCCACGUCCUCACCCCAAACUUUACUCGAGCUGUUGGCCAAUAUGCCGAAAGAACCGCCCAAGACCCGCGAUAUGAAGGAGAUCCGGGUGCGUAGACGCUUCCAGGUCCCCAAACAAGCCAGUAGUAAUGUCCACUUUCAAGUCAUCGGAAGUAACACGCCCGGCGGGGCGUCGUCAUUGUACUUAUCGACCGACCACCGCCGAUAUCUCUUCAACUGCGGGGAAGGUACGCAACGCAUGAUCAUGGAAUUGUGCCCGCACAAAACCUUGUCGCAACUCACCGAUGUGUUUUUCACCACUAACUCUUGGCGGAAUAUGGGUGGAUUUCCGGGUAUGUGCUUGACCAUUCGGAAGAAUGGCAAUCCAGACGUGAGACUUCAUGGCCCUCCCGGUGCCACCAAACUUUUUGAUGCCACGCGGAAAUUUAUCUGUUUGUACGACUUUGAUGUGCUCUCUCAUACCCAAGAGAACGGCAUAUUCACGGACGAAACCCUGUCUGUGGAACACGUCCCCUUGGACUACGGAGCUGACCCGGUUGAGUUGCCCGUUCCCAAAUACUCGACGUGGUAUCCCUACUCCACUCAGAGUCAAGAUGCCAACGGGUGCCCCAUUAAUCCCGAUCCCAGCCACGCUGUCCAAUCUUCGGUGUUUAAGACGCCUCAAGCCACAGCUUUCUUGUUGAAUGUCAAAGGCAAAGCCGGAAAGUUACUCGUUGAUAGGUGCAUGGAGCAAAAAGUGCCUCCGGGUCCAUUGCUGGGUGAGUUGAAAGCGGGUCGCGAUGUCACCUUGGAAGAUGGCACUCUGAUCACAUCUGCCUCCGUCAUGGGGUCGCCGGAUCCGAACGUUUCCGCUCUCGUGAUUGAAGUGCCGAGUGAGGCCUUCCUUGGGACCAUUGAGGAUGAAAACUCCAGCCUCAAUAAGAAGCUACGAGAGGCCCAGAAUCUCGGCUUUAUCUUUCAUUUCACCCCCAGUCACAUAUCUGAUUCGCCCGUAUAUCAAACCUGGAUGGAACGUUGGCACUCUCCCGGCGUAAAGCAGGUUUUAUUAAACGAUCACAACCGACUCUACGGAGGCAAGGAUUUGAUGACCUUUGUGAAGAAGCUGAAACUAAUAGCCCCACCGUUGUUUCCAACGCUGUCCAAUCAGAAGAAAUCGUUGUCCGAUAUUACUGUGGAGAAGAAGCCAGGCCUUUAUCACGGUGAGAGUGGGCUCAAGUUCCACAUUCGACCCACCACGGAGGUUGAGUCCACGAGCUUGCCAAUAAUUGACGAGAAAGAAGUUGAAGCAGAGGUGCUCUCAUUAAAGGCCGUUUCUGAGCAAAUAGCCGCCAGAGUAGAAGUCUUGAAACCCGAUACGACCAAGCCAGAAUAUCCCAAAUUGUCUUUUCUCGGGACUGGCUCGAGUAUGCCGGGUAAAUAUCGGGGUGUUUCUGGGAUCCUCAUUGAAACAUGUCCUGAUAAGUUUGUGAUUCUCGAUUGUGGGGAAGGGACAGUUGUACAGCUUCACCGAAUGUACGGACGAAAACGGGCCUUGGAAAUCUUGUCGAACUUAAAAGCCGUGUACAUUUCUCAUCUCCACGCCGAUCAUCAUCUUGGUCUGAUAUCAAUCAUUCAGAAUCGCGAGAGUGCCUUCGACGUCAUGGAUAAACCAAUUGAAAAGCUCUAUAUUCUUGGUCCAGGAGCUUUGACGCAUUUCCUUCGAUUCUACCACGAGGAGUUCGAGCCAAUCUUGACACAUGCGGAGCAGAUCAAGAAUGAACACUUAUUGUUGGUUACACUCACGGCCAAAAUGACCCCGACUCAAUCGAUCUAUCCUAAGGUUCUGCAGGAAGUUCUUGAAGCCACUGGCCUCAAAGAUCUGGCGACUUCGCGCGCCGUACAUUGCCCUUCUUCGUUUUGCGUUACCUUUACCACCGAAGCGGAUGACUAUAAAGUGGUCUACACGGGUGAUACCCGCCCGAAUAAUAGCCUCACGCAACUAGCCGUUCGUUUGAAAUCGCCAAAUCUGUUCAUACACGAAGCCACCAUGGAGCACUACCUUUUGGCAGAUGCUAAAGCCAAGAAGCACUCGACUUUCACCGAAGCCGUGCAAAAUGGUCAAAGGACCAAUUCUGACUUUACCCUUCUUACGCACUUCUCACAGAGAUACUACAAAUAUCCAGCUCUAGCUGAAAUACGGCCUCACCCCAAGGUCACAUUCGCUCUUGAUUUCAUGCAUGUCAACCCUCAAACUCUGGAUUUCCUCCGUCACGCCUACGACAGUAUCGAGCUGAUAUUUGCCGACGCGGCGGAAGAUAUGAAGUCUAAAGAAGAGGAUUUCCGAAUUAGGCAAGCCGACAUGUACGAUUCUCUUCAAGAUUCACCGACAGAUGGCUCACCCAAAUAUGAAGGAAAAAAGUCGCCUCCGUCCAGUCCGAAGAACGGUCCCGAGUCGAAGAAGGCCAGAUUAAGCGAUUGCUCUUAAAAAUGGAAAGUUGAAUGGAAUACGGUCAGUUUGUUUAACAACAUGAAUAAUUAUUUCUUUCUUAUUGAA